AUGUCGAGCAAGUACUCUACGUUACCCGACAUUGUACGAGCAAGCUCAAAAAAGACAGGAGCUGGACAAGCAAAGGAUGCACAUACAAGAUGCAAGGAAGCUGACAUCAAGAGGCUAAAACAUCGUGACACUCAACCAGACGUCUACGAGACCGCUGAUGACACUGGCGAUCGUGGUCCUCAAGUCCAGGGUAUGGACGGCAAGGACUACGAGAGUGACGAGGAGCGAGAGGGCAUUGACAGGUCUGCCGUCUCGGUCAAGAACGCUGCUGCUCGCUUCAAGGAUUGCGUCGUAGAUAAUUCCUCUGCAGAUUUCUCGGACCGCCUUAAUCGACGAAAGAAGGCCAUGUACCGCACGUUUGUCAGGAGACCCAACCUGGAGAGCUCAGAGUACGAGAUUUUACCAAAGGAGAUGAUUCUUCAGGAGACCCCUGUUCAAAAGCUGAGGCGACUCAUGUAUGAGGUCAAAGAACUUGGACAGGAAGCAGAAUUGAACGAGAAGCAAGGAACGGAAUUGGCAGGAGGAGAGAUCUCACACAAGGAUUUGCUUUCGCAUGUCAAGUCGUUGGAGCACGACUUGUCCGAGAUUGGACAGACUUUGGGCGAUGGUUCCAACGCCGGUGUUCUCUCGAACGAGGGAUUGAUCAAGCAGACAGACACUGGAAAGCGCCUCCUCCAGCAAUUGCAGGCUAUGAAGCACUUGGCUGCAUCUUCGCCUGAUGCUGAAAUUCAGGAUUCCUCUGCCCCCAAGGCACCCGCUGAAUCUGGUGACGGCAAGACCGUGACAUACGAACUUUACUACAGCCCCGACCACGCUAGACUUCAUACUGCUACAAAGACUGCUGAGCUUGCUGAGCGUCUUGCUGUUCUUGAGCGGGCAAUUGGAUCGACACAGAUGCAAUCAGGGGGAUCAUUGGUUGUUACAGUUGAAAAGUUGGAGCAACAUAUUGGAAUCUUGGUCCAGCCUCGCCAGUUGGAGCAGCUUUCUCGCCGUUUGAAGGUCGUCACAGCAGAACUGGAGCGUGUUCAGGAGCUUCAGGCCAAGGACGCUACCGCCACUGGUAUCACUGCCGACGCAGAGAACAAGAUCAACGCGCUGUUCGAGUUGGUUGACAAGAUUGAUCCUUUGGUGUCACUGGCACCGGUUUUGGUGACGAGGCUAAAGGGUUUGAAGGGCUUGCACUCCGAGGCGGCCGUCUUUUCAGACUCGAUCAAGAUGAUCUCGAACGAACAGACCAAGAUCAGCGAGGAGCUCAAGGGCCUUGACACUGUUUCCACUAAGUUGCAGGAGAGUUUGACGGAGAACGAUGCGGCGAUCCAGAAGAACAUUGAGGUGAUUGACGGAAGGAUCACAGACCUUGUUGAGCGUAUCCAGCGCUUGGGCGCAUGA